GGGCUGCUCAGAGUGGAGUAACGUUCUCCAAUCUGACGUUAAACCCAGACUUUAAGAGGACACGCGCGGUCAUGUUUCAUAUUUUUAAAUUAAGUAUUAGAGAUGCUUAGCAGAUGAAUAUGCUCGAGGUCGUUUGCCGUCCGCUGUAGGCGCUGUUUCGCGAGUUUUCCCUCAUCAUUUGUCUCAAGCAAAGCUAAAGCUAGCGGUGCGUUAGCAGCGGCUCAGAGGCUGUGGGCAUAAUUUAAUAAAUCAUCGCCUGAUCCGCACUUUGUCCAGAGUUAACUUAGAUAUCAAGCAAGGCAGUAAUGGCCACUAGGCGUCUGACCGAUGCCUUCUUGUUAAUGCGGAACAAUGCAAUCCAAAACCGGCAGAUAUUGGCUGAGCAAGUGAGUACAUACGACCCCCGUCUGAGUACACGUAGCAAUGCUGCGGAGCUUGAUGAGUUGGCUGAUGAUCGAAUGGCCCUGGUGUCAGGAAUUAGUCUGGACCCUGAAGCUGCCAUUGGAGUCACCAAGAAACUGCACCCCAAAUGGAUAGAGGGAGUUGAUGAGAUCCAAUAUGAAAUCACACGAGUUCGGCAGAAGAUGAAGGAACUGGCCUUACUUCAUGACAAGCAUAUGAAUCGUCCGACACUGGACGACAGUAGUGAAGAAGAGCAUGCCAUAGAAAUCACUACCCAGGAGAUCACACAGAUGUUUCACCGAUGCCAGCGAGCUGUGACAGGUUUGCAGUCUCGCUGUGGCCACUGCACCGAGCAGGAGGAGAGACUAUUGAGAAACGUGGUGUCGUCUCUGGCACAGAGUCUGCAGGAGCUGUCCACCAAUUUCAGGCACACACAGUCCGGCUACCUAAAGCGUAUGAAGAAUCGUGAGGAGAGAUCAAAACACUUUUUUGACUCAGGACCCUUAAUGGAGGAGGAUGAAGAUUUAGCUCUAUAUGACAAGGGCUUCACAGACGACCAGCUGAUGCUGGUGGAGCAGAACACAGUUAUGGUGGAAGAACGAGAGCGGGAGAUCCGACAAAUAGUGCAGUCCAUCUCAGAUCUGAAUGAGAUUUUCCGGGAUUUAGCUGGAAUGGUGGUUGAACAGGGCACUGUUCUCGACCGAAUCGACUUCAAUGUGGAGCAGGCUUGUGUUAAAACAGAAGAUGGAUUAAAGCAGUUACAAAAGGCGGAACAAUAUCAGAAGAAAAACAGAAAGAUGCUGGUCAUUUUGAUCCUGUUUGUCAUAGUCAUUGUUCUAAUUAUUAUUCUUUUUGGAACAAAGUUUUAGUCAUGCAUUCCUCUGGCGUUAGUUUUCUGUGUGGGUGUUUAUUGUGCAUCUGUGUGGACUUGCACUUGGUCUUGGUUCUACUCAAAACAAAGCUGAAUGCCUUUCAUAUCCACCAGGAGACGACGAGAAGAAUUCCAUGUCUCUUUGCAGGUGCACUUUGGGCUAUGUUGGGAUAUUUUGUGGUCCAUUUUAAUGAAAGAAACAAUCAAGAAUCUGUUUGAGCUGUGGCUAUUUUAUCAAGUGACCCGCAUCUAAAUCGCUCCAAGACUCUUUGACGGAUGUAUGUCAAACCCAACCAUGUUGACAUAUCUGUGUCUUAACAGAAAAAAAAAAGAAAAGAAAAAAAAAGCACUUUGUGGUGUAUAAGAAUGAUGCCGAUGUUAAAUUUCUAAGGCAAGGAGUUCUCUACUUGAACUGAAAGCUCGAAUUGUGACAUUUGUUGUGUGAAGAUGCAUCGUGUCUGUUCAAUAUCACUGCAAACAUCUUGUUUCUGUGAGUGGAAUGCGACAAGAACAAAUGUUUUUGAAAGAGAAACAUGUAGUACUUCUUCUUUUACUGCAAAAUCAUUUUCAUCCCAACAUUAAAUUUAUGUACUGGCUCAGUAUUUUAUCUUACCUUUGUAUUAGGGCAGUACCAGAUAUGAUUUAGAAUAGUUAUUCAGUACCAAAAAUAUUCCUUUGGUUUUAAGGAACACCAGAUUUUUUUUUUUUUUUUUAAAUCCCUUUACCCUCAACUUUAAUAAUAACAUUGAGGUAAUCCUGUAAUUUUAAGAUCAUACCUGUGUCACACCUGCUGUACUUGGCAUUAGGUGCUCAUUUUAAAACAGUUGAUUGUUUUUUUUUUUUUCUUCAUGGUCCUUGCAUUAAGUGCUACCUUUUUAAAACUCUUGCAGUUUGCACAUAUUGAGGCCUGAGAGGAGGGGGGGGGGGGGUGUAUGGAUGUAAUACUACUGUCAUAUGUAUGAUGAAAAAAAUUAUUUAUUUUUUAAUAACUUCAAAUAAUUCAGAGCUUCAGAGGUGUUCUGCUUUAGGCAGAAUUAAUGUAUUACUGUAUAUUGAGUCAAGUGUAUCUGAAUUCUGAACCCAAUAGUUAUUGUCCAUCCCACUGAGGAAACUGUGAUGUAGUUUAACACAAGCAGAUGUAUAAAGACAGCAUUAUGAGGUUGUUUUUGUUUUUUCUUUUCAGAUUGGACACAUUACAUUUUAGUUGGCCUUGUUUGGAAAUUAUUCAUGUUUUUGUGUUGCAUAAAGCCUGAUAAGAUGAAAUGAUAAAGAGCUUUAUCCGACAUAUCUGUAUGCUACACUUUAUACACCUCUUAAAUCAUCUUUGUCAUUGAUGUGAAGUUGUGUGUGAGAAAAAAUGGUUAUGUCCUAGUGGUACUCCACUUAAGUUUUGUUUUUCAAAACAAAAUGGGUGAGGAGACGGCACCUUUUUUUUUUUUUUUGUAUAAAUA